UCAGACACGAUGGAGGACGAGGAGGGGUACACGGUAUUGAACCUGCGGCCCAAGCAGGGCGGCUUGGAUGGACCGUCCUCACCCGGGAACCAAGGUUCCCGUCAGUGUCCUGUCUGGCUUCAGGUCGCUCUAGGGGCUGGGAAUCUCAUCCUGUCUGUGCUAUUGCUGGCGGUUUUUGUUUCCCACUUGGUGUCCGAGAAGGGACAGACCCCGGCAGCCCCUGGGAGCGACGGAGCCGGGAGCAGAGACCCCAGCACAGCAGAAUGCAGCGCCCGCCUGGAGCGUUUCCGAUCCCAGCUGAGCCAACGUCUGUGCCACCCGUCUCCCCCCAGCCCAGCAGGGGGCUCCGGGUGCAAACUCUGCCCCACGGACUGGCAGCUGCGCGGGGACAAGUGCUACUGGGUCGGCAGAGGAAGUAAAACGUGGAGCGAGAGCCGCACCGACUGCUCAGCGAGGGGCUCCCAGCUGCUGGUGAUCCGGGACCGGGAGGAGCUGGAGUCCUUACAGGCCCUGACAAGAGGCAUUUCUCUGUUCUGGGUCGGACUGUCCGUCCCCUCCCCGGAGAAGGCCUGGACCUGGCUGGACGGCUCCCGGCUGGAUCAGACCCAGCUCCCGGUGUCAGGCCCGGCUGAGGGGAACCGCUGUGGGACAGUGUGGGGGAAUCAGAUUCAUUCUGAAACCUGCAGCUCUGCAUUUCAGUGGAUUUGCCAGAGAGACGCCGUCCCGCUCUGAGCGGGGCAUCCGUGGCCCGUUAAUAAUGGCAAGGAGCCUUUCAUCAAUAAAAGCAUCACGACUGCUGACCCUGUGUCCCUGACUCUCCC